AUGUCUAACAUUGCAACCCCCGACCACUGUGUCGCCGAUUUCUGUCUAGUCCCCAUGGGCACCUCUUCGCCCUCGGUCUCAGACCAAGUCGCUGACGUCCAUCGGAUGAUUGAAACGUGCGGCUUGAAAUAUGUCAUGCAUUCCGCAGGCACAACCCUCGAAGGAUCGUGGGACCGGGUUCAUCAGGUUAUCGGACAGGCGCAUACAAUUCUCCAUCAGAAGGGAGUUGUUCGUAUCCAUACUGACGUUCGGGAUUGGAACGAGGUGAGUUUGCUUUUUUUCUGUGCUAUGCUCCUUGCUCAUCUUAUCCUGCGUAAUCCAUUUCUCUUGCUAAUUGUCUUUAUUAGGACUGACAAAGUGCAAUCGUUCGAGGAUAAGGUGGCCAAGGUGCAGCAGAUAUUGGGAAAAUAA